AGUGCUGCCACUCUGUUUAUGCACAUUUCACCUACCGAAACUUUAUUUUCCUCCUACUUCCCCUUACUACGAUUUUCCUUGUUUUCCCUUACUUUUCCCCUACACAAGUGCAAAGAGUGUUUAAAAAAUAAUUUAAUAUCAUUAAUAUCAUUGGAAAUUUUUAAACAAUCCAAGAAAUGGAAUUUUACAACAUAAAAUAUUUCACUCUAUUUUAUCUACCUUUUAAAAGAAGAAUUCGACCAAGAAAACAAUGACAUUCCAACAAUUUGACAACUCAACUGGAGUCUGUCAAUAUCUUAUAUACAAGCUACACAAAGUAUUGAUACGGAAUAGGAUGAUUACUGACCGCGAAACUAACUGUUUCACGAAGAAGAAAGAAGCAUGGGAAAGGCGGUGAACUUGAAAUUAUAUACACCAACGUUCGGCAAGUUCGUCAGGCUGAGUGCCUUUCAAGUGUUGUUUUGCUCAAAAUGAAUGCAACGGAGACCCGAAUUCGUCGUACCAUACUGUCAUUUUUUGUUUCUCGCUGAAAGAUGUCGGGUAAGGUGAUACCGAUCAAGGUUGCGUUGAGGAUUCGCCCUUUAAACUCAAAGGAAGUAAGCGAAGGUUGCCGAGAAUGUAUCGAAGUUGUCCCGAAUGAGCCACAAGUAGUCAUCGGCAGCGACAAACCUUUUACGUUCGAUGAUGUAUUCGGUUUAACCUCUCGACAACAGGAGCUAUACGAGCAAGCUGUUAUGCCGUUGAUGGAUACAUAUUUCAACGGAUAUAAUGUUACAGUUCUUGCCUACGGUCAGACUGGCUCUGGAAAAACGUACUCCAUGGGAACUUGCGCGACCAUCAACACGUCAAACGCGGACGACGAAUUGAGCAACGCGGUCAUUCCUCGAGUGAUCCAGGAGAUUUUCGCAAGAAUCGAAAGUCUGAAAGAAAAAUCUGACUUUCUGGUCAAGGUUUCUUUUAGAGAUUCUGGCAAGAUAUCAAAAGAUUUACUAAAUCAUGGACAACCAGACGAGGGCUGCAACCGUGAAAGUACUUCUGGCGAGAUAAAGGUUGCUUGCGUCAGUCCUGCUGGAAGAGACUCACAACACCCAAAAAAUAUGCUGACAGGCGCGAAGAUCAAGAAAAUAAACCUGUGGUCAAUCGUGAUGUCGAAUUGA